GGCGAUCAGGUUAGUGUGCGCCGCGGGUGCUGGGGGCUCGAGCACCGAGCGAAGCUGGUUGAGCCUUCAAAGUCCUAAAACGCGCGGCCGUGGGUUCGGGGUUUAUUGAUUGAAUUCCGCUGGCGCAGGAUCCUCUGCAGAGAGAGCGACAGAGAGCGCGAGAGAUGGAUAUGGACAAACGGAUUCAUUUAGAGCUGCGGAACAGGACGCCCUCUGAUGUGAAAGAACUCGUCCUGGACAACUGUCGGUCAAUUGAAGGCAAAAUCAAAGGCCUCACAGAUGAGUUUGAAGAACUGGAAUUCUUAAGUACAAUCAACGUAGGCCUCACUUCUAUUGCGAACUUACCAAAGUUAAACAAACUCAAGAAGCUUGAACUAAGCGAUAACAGAAUCUCAGGGGACCUGGAGGUAUUGGCAGAAAAAUGUCCGAACCUUAAGCAUCUAAAUUUAAGUGGCAACAAAAUAAAAGACCUCAGCACAAUAGAGCCGCUGAAGAAGUUAGAGAAUCUCAAGAGCCUAGACCUGUUUAACUGUGAGGUGACCAACCUGAAUGACUACCGAGAAAACGUGUUCAAGCUCCUGCCCCAGGUCACGUACCUCGAUGGCUACGACAGAGACAACAAGGAGGCCCCUGACUCUGAUGUUGAGGGCUAUGUGGAGGAUGACGACGAGGAAGACGAGGAUGAGGAGGAAUACGAUGAGUAUGCCCAGCUAGUGGAAGAUGAGGAGGAAGAGGAUGAGGAGGAAGAAGGGGAGGAAGAGGACGUGAGUGGAGAAGAGGAGGUAAGGAGACGGGGUGGGCACCUGUGUAAUCCCCCUGAGCCCCGCCAGGCCCCUCUGCUAUCGGUCACGACAACCCAGGGAAGGAAAGGGGUCCCUUUCCACGAUGUUUCCUGUAUAGAAUUUGAGUGCACAGACAUUCAAAGUUCUGGGGAAGCUGGUUUCAGAGUAGGGACGAGUGCCGGAAGCAAGGGCCCAGCAUGCUUUGGGAAGUGGUUCCCUGUGCUAGAGAUGCGCUUCCUUAUUCAGCAUCCUUCUGUCCGGGUCCUGCUGAUGGCAGAAGGACCCGGCUGCUCAUCCUUUGCUCCGAGGCAGCUCUGA